GGAGGGGGUUUCUUUGAGAGGUGUGUUGGAUUCCUCAGGUGCCGUGUCCUUGCCUAGGCGUAGUUGUUUUUGGAUGUUCGUACAGUAAACAUGCAGUGAAAGAAAGUUGGUUAGUUUUGUGUGAACUGUGUGCCCUUUUUUCGUUCGCUACCAGCAGGAAGUGCCAACCGCAAAAUUUGGAUUGCGAUUUCUGUUCGAUUCUGUAGCUAAGCGUCCGACUGGAAGCUAUUUGAAAUGCCUUGUUCGGCCGUAACUCUGUCGCUGGCUACAAUCUCUGCCAUUGUAGCUACUGCUUUGCUGGUGAUCGCUUUUUCCACCGAUAAUUGGGUCUACACUGAAGUUAGGCGAUCGCAGAUACAGAAAUAUGCAGAGAAAAGGGGUGGGCAAGAACAGCUGCUCAAAAACUUAGACACAAAGUACUAUUACUACACAAGGACAAAGGGUCUCUUCAGGACGUGCUUCCCUAAGGAAAGACCAAGGGCUGUUGAAACCUACUUGAGUCCUGUUGAAACCCAUUGUAUGAACAUCGAAUACUUCCUACCAGACGUCGAGAACCAAACAAAGGGAUUCAGUGAAGAUGCCAUGACCAGACUACACAUGGGCAGAUCAGCAAUCGCUCUGUUCAUUUUGGCUUUCUUCGCCAUUUUCAUUGCGUUCUGGACGGGAAUCGCUGGCUGCUGGAGGAGAUCACCUGGAAACAUCACUGCCACCGCUAUCCUAAUGCUGCUCGCAUGUCUACUAAGCGCAGGAGCUAUGGGACUUUGGCAUGGAGUAGAAUAUUAUGAAAAGGAACGUGUUGUUGGAGAAGAAUUUUAUCAGCAAUGGGACAAUGUGCUAAGAGACGGCUCGUACACUUACUACGAUUGGUCGUUCUUUCUGGCUUGGACCGGUGUGGGUGUGUCGCUAGUGUCGGCCAUCUUGUUUUCGGGAGCUGCCAUUUGUCUGCGUGGUGAGAGAGAGCGCGAGGAGGCCAUCAACAUGCAGUAUUUGAUGCCCGUCUAUCCGCAAAAACAGCAGUAUGCCUAUCCAGGAUACCCAGCUCCAGCUGCCGCCUAUCCGGGACCCUACUAUCACGGCUCGCAGUACGGCCCUUACAACUAUUGAUCAGAAAAGUUCAAUGAACUUUGCGAACAAACAUUGCCGAAGCAAACCAGUUGCCAAAACUUGAAAACAAUGAAUUCCUAACUCGGAGAUACAACGAAGUUUUCAGGGACUAAUUCAAUUGUGAAUUAUUGUUCACACAUUUCUAAUCUGUUCAUCUAUGGUUUCAAUGUAUUUUGAUACUCAAACAGUAUCUAAAUCUCUAUGUAGGCUAAUCUAUGUUUCUAUGAAGUUAAUCUGAAUGUUUCAAAUUUAAUUUAUUCUUCAUUCAUUUAUUUCUGAUUUAGGAGCUUGAAAUUUUAAUUCCAACGUGUAGCCUUCAAUCUACUGAAAUUAACAUCAUCAAUUUUAUUAGGAAACAGUACUAAGAUCAAUUUAUCGUUAGUUUAAUCUAUAAUUUGAAUUUUAUCUAUUUUUAAUGAAGUUAUCAACACUAUUUGAAUUUCUAUGUAAGUUAACUUACUUCUGAAUUUUAUAUGGAUGUUUCAAAUUUCCUCUUUAUUCAGCUCGGAAUUCUGGUUUAGAAUCUUGACAUUUUGUAUUAGAAAUUGUUAUAAAAGUACUUAAUUGUGUCAUGUUACAUGACUCACAUACACAUUUUGUGUACUUGAAAUUUUAAUUUUUUACCGUUCUUCUUGAAAAAAAUCACCUUCACGAAUCGAAGGAGGUGAAAUGAGUUCCUCAAGUAAAUGCUCUCAUGAAAUGGAAUAAAUUUCUUAUUUUGCUUAACUUUCCUGAUGAGUAGGCAAUUAAUGAAACAUUAUCAUCUGCUAUUAAAAGUUGAUUUGAUAGUUUGUUGAUUACUCAUAAAAUUGUCUCAUUGUAGGUUCAACAUUUUUUUUAUCAAAGUUGUAUCAUUGUUUCUCUUGCUUCUUGUAUUUGCUCGUGUUUGUUCAUGAUUAACUCUACAGUCUCUAAGUGUGACCUUGACUAGCUGGACUAGUUUAAAGUGAAUUAUAAUAAUUACUCAGAAAAUUACUCUACCGAGAACAUCACUAAUUAAUUAUCAGUUAUUCUGUGCAUAAGUGUCUGGAUGUAUUCAGAAUCGAUGAGGGCCCAAAUCAGAAAGAAUCAAGUACUUGAUGUUCUUAAAGGAUUAAAUUCAAUACCUAAUUGUCAUUCUAUGUUUGUAAUAAUCACAUUCCAGUAAUGUACAGACUCUAAUUUUAGUUGCUCAGAUACUUUUAUAAGAUAUGAUUAUUUUUAUAUGCUUGAAUUAAUGACACUCAGUUUAUCACAAAGUGUCUUGUACAGUCUUGGAAGUAUUAUUAAGCUGCUAUAUUCUAUAUAUUUAAGAUGAUAAAAUAUCAUACAGUCUUCCAAAAAUUGUAUUUAUUGUCUAUUCACUGGAUUCAACAAGAAUGAACAGUGUUGUCUUGUUGAAAUAUAUUUUCUAUGUGAAUCUAUAACAAAAUGACAAAUUAGUAUGAAUUUAAACAAAUUUAGACUCUAUGAAAUGCAUUAUGAAUGUGAGUGUGAUUUUUUUAUUCAUAUUCUUACGUCGUUUUAAGGUGAUAUUGAAAUGUACAGUAUCUUCUUCCAUUUAGAUUUAAACAGCUUUGCAUGAAUGUGAGAGAGUGAAUGUUGAAUUGUUUGUAAGCAUUGAAUGAGUUCCAAAUAAUUUAGUUAUGUAUUUAUAGAAAUCUAUAGAAUAAAUGAAGAGAGAAUAAUGAUUGUUAGUUUUGAAUUAGACUUAUCGAUUCGUCAAUCUCCCCUCGAAACUAACUGCAGAUGUGUUUUAUCAAAUAUUAUUUUUAUACGACUUUCUGAUUAUAUAAAUUUGAGUUGAAACAUACAAAUGUGAAUAAUACAUUUUCUGUCUGGAUUCAAAAACCUAUUGAACCUUCCAUUAUUGAAAGAAACUACAUAGUAUUUUGCAUUCAUUCAUGGUGCUUUUAUAUCUAGACAAUCUACUACUACUGAUACAAAUUCAUAAUAUGUUUUAAAAUGUUGUCCAUCGAUCUAUUGUGAAGUAUAUUUGAUGCCUUGAAUGUAUAAUACAAUAAGAAUAAUGAUGAUUUGUGAAAUAAAUUUUAUAUAAUUGAAAA